AGUUAAUCAUCAUCUCGCCUGGCCACCGGUCGAAGCUCUCUCUUGGCGAUGGAGCCGGCGACAGCUCAGCAGCCCGGCAUCUCCGGCCACCCGCUGUGGCACCGGUGAGAAGAAAGCAGCCAGUGCCGGUCCGCCAUGAGCAGCCAGUCACCGCGCCGCCAGCUGUCACUCCGUGCCCCGGCGCCGGGCACACACCGGCUCCAGCCUCCAGACCGCAGCUCGCUGCCCCCCGCUGCCCCGACUCGCGUGGCGAUCCUGCAGCCUUGAUUCUCCUCUGUCGACGGGGAGCAGUGUAGACGGAGCGGGAAUCGUCGCCGGCAGCAGCGGGGAGCGAGGAUGGCUUCGGCCGGCUCGCUGCGGGAAGAUGCCGCUCAGCUCCGCGGGCAGGAACCGGCGCCCAGUCAGUCCAGAAGUUUGCCGGCGUUAAACGGCCCCUAUGAUUGGUCCCUGGGAGUCGGACAGCCCGGGUCGCCGACUGCCAGGGGCACUAACCUGGCCGCGGGUACAGCCCGAACCCCGGGCAGCGGCAGCUGUGCAACGACGCCGGGGCGGAAGGGGUGCCGGGUGCUCAGCGACUCCCGUUGUUUCCUGGCGUGUAUGUGUUGCCUGACCUUCAUCCAAUCACUCAUGGUGUCCGGCUACCUCAGCAGCGUCAUCACCACCAUCGAGAAGCGCUACAACCUGAAGAGCUCCGAGUCCGGUCUCCUAGUAAGCUGCUUCGACAUCGGCAGCCUGCUGGUGGUGGUCUUCAUCAGCUACUUCGGGGGUCGGGGUCGGAGACCCCGCUGGCUGGCCGUGGGCGGCUUUCUCAUCGCCGUCGGAGCCGCUCUCUUCACUCUCCCUCACUUCAUCUCCCCCACUUACGAGAUCCAGGAGCUGAACACGACCUCGUCCGGGCAGGGUUUGUGCAGCGCCAGCAAUGGCACCGGCGCCAGAGACUCGGGGUCUGGCUGUGCGGGCAGACACUCCUCCGGCCGGCAGCACUCACUCUACGUGGCUCUUUUUGUCUGCGCCCAGCUGCUCAUCGGCGUGGGCUCAACCCCCAUUUACACGCUGGGGCCCACAUAUUUGGACGACAACGUUAAAGCUGAGAACGCAUCCCUCUACUUGGCAAUUAUGUAUGUUAUGGGAGCAUUGGGCCCUGCAGCAGGAUAUCUUCUUGGUGGUGUCUUGAUUGGCUUCUAUGUGGAUCCCAGGGGCACAAUUCAGAUUGACCAGACUGACCCACGCUUCAUUGGAAAUUGGUGGAGUGGAUUUUUGCUAUGUGCGGUUACUAUGCUCCUUGUUAUAGUGCCAAUGUUCACCUUCCCUCAAAGACUUCCACCUCGACAGAAGAGGAAGAAGAAAAUGGUCUCAAAUAAUUUGAAUAGUGACAAUGAGAUGAUGAAAGGGAAAGCUGAGAACAGAGAACACAAAAGAAGCACUGUGACUUCCUCCAUGGGUUUUGGAAAGGAUAUUAAAGACAUUCCCAAAGCUGCUGUCAGGAUCUUGAGCAACAUGACAUUCCUGUUUGUGAGCUUGUCAUACACUGCAGAAAGUGCCAUCGUCACUGCUUUUAUCACCUUCAUACCCAAGUUCAUUGAAUCUCAGUUUGGCAUCCCAGCAUCUAAUGCAAGCAUUUACACUGGUGUGGUCAUCGUUCCCAGUGCUGGUGUUGGCAUUAUCCUUGGGGGCUACAUUAUUAAAAAGCUCAAGCUUGGCGCACGAGAAUCAGCUAAGCUUGCUAUGAUCUGCAGUGGGGUUUCUUUGCUGUGCUUCUCCACACUCUUUAUUGUCGGCUGUGAAAGCAUUAAUCUCGGAGGCAUUAAUAUACCCUACACCACAGGCCCUUCACUUACAAUGGCGCACAGAAAUCUAACUGGUGACUGCAAUGUUAACUGUGGAUGCAGAAUCCAUGAUUAUGAACCUGUCUGUGGAUCAGAUGGGAUAACAUACUUCAGUCCUUGUCUGGCUGGUUGCUCAGUCCUCGUCAAUGAAAGCACAAGGAUGAGGAAUUAUACUGACUGUGCCUGCGUUCAAAGUCGGCAAGUGAUAACCCCGCCUACAGUAGGGCAAAGGAAUCAGCUUCGAUUGGUCAUUGUGAAAACGUAUCUGAAUGAGAAUGGAUAUGCAGUGUCUGGCAAGUGUGAGCGGACAUGCAAUACCUUGAUCCCUUUUCUAGUAUUUCUCUUCAUCGUCACGUUAAUUACAGCUUGUGCACAGCCAUCGGUAAUCAUAGUAACACUCAGGUCUGUAGAAGAUCAGGAGAGACCUUUUGCGCUGGGUAUGCAAUUUGUUCUCCUACGAACUCUUGCUUACAUUCCAACACCAAUUUACUUCGGAGCUGUGAUCGACACAACUUGCAUGCUUUGGCAACAGGAAUGUGGCAUUGUCGGCUCCUGCUGGGAAUACGAUGUGACCUCCUUCAGAUUUGUCUACUUUGGGCUGGCAGCAGGCCUCAAGUUUGCCGGCUUUGUUUUUAUCUCUUUUGCCUGGCACUCAAUCAAACAGAAAGAAACCCAUCUGCAAAGGUGGCGACGGAGAGCUUCACCCAUAAGCACUGUCAGUGAACUGCUCAGUAACCCAGGGAACCGGCACAACUAUGCACAGACUCGAUCAUGUCCUUCCUUUCAAAUAAGAGCCGAACACAAUGAACACCUACCACAGUCUGGAAAAGUUCAGCAUGUAGCAUAGACAUUAUCUGAUAUCCCAGGAAAAAAUAAUAUACACGGUUAAGAAUACUGAACAAAGUGGUAAUUGACACAGGUGAAUUCACAUAUACUGUAUGUUGUCUUAGGGAUUUAGUUGUCAAAAAAUUGCUGAUGGUUGUUCUUAAGUUUAAUUCUUUGACAAAGCACCAUUUGGAAAGUUUCUCCAGGUAAACAACAAAACCUGUGCCUUUUUAAUUUAAAAAGUGACAUCCACUGACUAAAGGAAAUGGAUUAUCACAUCAACUAUGGCACACUGGAGGGCUGGUUACCUCAAUGUGAUUUGAAUUCACAGAUAACUUGUGUCAUUUUUAAUCUUAUGGAGUGAUGAUUUGCACUCAAGUCAAUUUAAGGAUAAUCUCUGAAAGAAUAAGAAACAGAAAACAAACUUACAUAACAUUUUUUUUAAAUAAAUUCUAUUUUGAUCUGUUCUAGAUUGUUAGAAACUAAUUAAGUACUCCAAGAUACAAAGUGGGUAAAUUCUUAACUUGGUAGUUUUGAAAUAAAAUUGAGGUCUGUUCCCCAUUAUAGGAUCUGCAAUCCUAUGACCUCUUCAGUGACUUCCUUCAGAAACAAACAGCCAACAAGUUUAAAAUCUGUCCCCAUAUCCUUGAACUGGGUCUAAUGCUUUAUGUGUAAAUGGACAUCUUUUAACAUACUGUAAACAUUAAAAAUCUGUGCAGCUUACAGUACUAUACAAAUGUCUUAGGCACCCUAGAUUUUUUAAAUAUGGUUUCAGAUAGUAUGGUCUCCACAGAGCCGUGACCUCAACACCAUCAGUACCUGGAGAGAGAGAAUCAAGCAAGACAGUCAAAGUCUGCUGAGAACUGUAUCGAGAGAAUUGAAGCAGGUUUAAAGGCAAAGGGUGGUCACACCAAAUAUUGAUUUGAUUUCAUUUUUUACUGUUUACUGCUCUUCAUAGUAAUUUUUAUUGAUAUCUAGAAACUUUACUCAUUUCAUUUUUGAAAGCAUUUUCACUUUACAAAGUUUUCUUAUAUGUGCCUAAGACUUUUGCUCAGUACUGUAUUACAAGAUAGUAAAUUCCAACAGUCUGUAAAAGUAUGUUAAAAACAUUGCAAAAGUUUUUGAAAAAUGGAUCAGGUUUUGAUUGACAGGUUGUGCUCUUACAGCUUUUUCUGUUCCUGUUAUGUGUAAUGUUGAUGAGCCUGGACCGUGUGCCUUUGCCACAGAUAGGGGCAACAAAUUCCUGAAGUUCUAGUGCUUACCAGUAGGUGGCAAUAAUGACCUGGUUCAAAGAAGCACCACCUAUGCUCAGAAUACAGAGUCAAAGGUCCGACCAACACCGUUAAUGUGACAAGCAGUUGGUAUUGCUGGCACCCGCUGUUGGAAAUGGGUGUGAAAAGAACAUGCAGGUAUUUCAGGAAUAAAUAAAAACGAAGUUUGUUGAAAGCAAAUUUACCAUAUCUAUAACGGAGAAAGAUAGACCUUACAGAUUCUGAAAUGCUAACUUUGGUCUUUUAGAUCCUGACAGAUCUGCUGUGUGUUUUGAGCAUCUUUCUGUGUUUUGUAUCAGUGAAUAUGAGUGGGAUCAUAGGAUAUUAGCUGGUUAUUUUGCAUAGGACGAUGAAAAGGAUCGUAACUGUAAAAGUAAAUGGAAAUCACUGUACAAAGUUAAGUUGUUGCUAGUCAACUGUACCUUAGUCAUAAAAAUAAUCCAAGUGUUGAUACUGUGUGCUGAAUGUUAAUGUUCCAAAACCAUGGGAGCAGGACCCAGGAAACCCGGCUGUUUCUGCAGCAUAUUUAUUAGUAAUCAAGCUACCACUUUAACCUCACAUUUCAGCUUUAUUUUCCAUCAAUUACAUUGAGCAGGCAGGUUCAAUUUCAGGUUCACGGUUAAAUAGACAUUUCAGACAAAGGUUGACGGAGUCGGCUGCAGAGAGAAAAGGAACCGAAGAGCUCAGGAUGCUCCAUCCUGAGGACAGAAGGGCACGCAGAAGCACGAAUACUCCCACUGCCGGGAAGAGCAGGCAGGAACAGAGCUAGUCUUCGGAGUGAGUAGCGCCGGCAUGGUUUCCUGCUGCUGGAUUCUAGGUGAAAGAGAGUUUAGUGCCUUCUUAUGAUUAGGAAAAGUGAGCACUGUGGUUCAUGUGUAUUACCGUAACUCCUUAACUCUUCUCCUAUUCCUCUUGCCCUUGCCCCGCAUAUUCACAUGUGGGGACAGCCAUCAUCCUGUAUCUGCAUUUCCCCACACCCUUAUGCAAUGCCUUAUCUUCACCCCAAACAAAUGUUCAUGCAUUUAUGUCUUCUCCUUCCCUCGUCACUAAAAACAGUGUGGUGCAGUAGGGAGAGGGAGGAAAUCAGAGAUGACCUCUUACGUCUGCAGGGGAGUACUGCCAGAUGGUUGGUCAGUGAAGAUGUGCAGAUGCCUUCCCUCCAUUGCCCGAUGCCAGUUUUGAAUUUUAUCCAGCCAGGUAGCAUGCAAUUUGAACCGGCAGUGGCUCAUCACUGGGAGAGGAGUGGCUACAUUUGUAGAAUAUGCAAACACUUGGAGGGAGGUUCAGGGUAAGUUAGACUUUGUUUAUGACAUGGAGCUUGGGGGAGGUUUAGAGUGACUGGGGUGGAAAUGUUGUGAUCUGGAUAUAUGAGGGAAUAAGAUAAAUCCAUUGUUUCUUGAUGCUGCAGCUGGUGCAGUAAAUCUUUUUCAAAGGCUUUCACAUAUUAUAAUACUCAGCUUCAUGUUAAAUCAAGAAAUAGUUAAAACAGGGACAGCACAUUUGUCAACAAUUUUGAGCACUGAGAACAGAUUUAUUGACCAACAUUUGACUCUCCUCCAUUAUAGCUGGACAUGAGUAGGGAGGGUUUUUACAUUUUAAGACUUUUAGCAUUGCCUUUGUCCCCUUUCUAUUUACUUCUGGGAAUUAAAAAAAAAAUCUCUUCAGAACCUUCUACAGUGGAGUCUGCUUCCAGGAGGCUGAAAUUAGGACUCAGGAUAGAGAUGGUGUCGACGCCUCUGAAGGUUGAACCAUCUGUUUACAUGGAGUACUCUGAAGCAGUGUACGAGGUCUGCAGCCUGGGACUACCCCAGUAGUGAUUGACUAUAUAUGUCCAAAAAUUGGAUGUGGAGCUAGAUGGUAUAUUCAAACACAGCACUCAUUGACUCCAUGAAAAUACAGGGCCUCUCCCUAACCAAACAACUGAAUUGCUGCAGUGCCAACUGUACAAUCUGGGAAAGCUGGGGAUGGCCAAGCCCAUGGCCAUUUGUGCAGCCCAAAACACACACAUAAACAUCAUGCUUGUUGAAAAAGGAAGCACGCUGUGUCUCAUUUAACUUUGGUUGGUUCAGCCGCCAUCAUCAGCCUCUUUAUUAAAGGGGUGCAUAACCAGGUAUAUUUUGGUCACCUUCCUCAGUGUCAGCAGCCUAAGUGUUCCUCUCAGGAGGGGAUAAGGGUGACCAUGGCUGAUCGAGGGGUAAUAGUUUUGUGGCGGAGUUAGGAUAAUGCCCACCUUGCUGCCUGCCUGGCUCAGUAGGAAGGUUAAUCUGAAUUCUGUUUCCCAAACUCGACACUCAUCAACAAUUUCUGAAAGUUGUACAGUGUCUCUUACCUUGUUUUGCCUCUCUCUGUAAAGCCCAUUCAUAUAGUGUUUUAGGAGGCCUUAAAUUAACUCAUCCCAAUAAAAGAUCUUACUGUCCAUUCUUACUAUGUCCAUUCUACAUCUAUGAUCCCAGAUUUUUCUUUUGAUUCUUGUGCAUUGAGCUCCCCCAUGUGAAGGGGAUAAAGACUGAAUGGUCUGAAGUGCUAUUUGCAAUAAAUUUACCAGG